AUCCUUUGGCACUGGGGUUUAGUUUCUUUAAAAAGAGCAUCAGUUCUGUUGCCACCUGCCACAUCAUCCCGCGUUGUCGAUUGUGCCGCAAGGGUUUUUCAAGCCACUCUGCUGGUUCCUUCAUGGGAGUGUAGCGCAGAAUGGAGCUUCCGCAGCUGGAACACAUGAGGCCCCGCAGGUGUGACAGCGCAGCCGCGGUGCCUCAGUUCUGCAACUCUCCUACGAUGAUCGUGAUGGUGGGACUGCCAGCCAGAGGCAAGACGUACAUUUCCAAGAAGCUCACCCACUACCUGAACUGGAUUGGAGUUCCUACAAAAAUGUUUAACGUCGGCCAGUACCGACGGGAGGCUGUCAAGAUUUACAAGAACUUUGAGUUCUUCAAACCGGAUAACGAAGACGCCAUGAGAAUCCGCAAGGCCUGCGCAGCAGCUGCCCUCAAAGACGUUGCCGCCUACUUUGCCAAGGAACAUGGACAAGUGGCCGUAUUUGAUGCGACCAACACCACCAGGGAGAGGAGGGCAGUCAUUCUGAGUGUGGCAAAGGAGAAGGGCUACAAGGUUUUCUUUGUGGAGUCAAUCUGUGACGACCCGGAGAUCAUUGCAGAGAACAUCAAGCAAGUAAAGUUUGGGAGUCCAGAUUACGUGGAUCGUGACAUAGACGAAGCCAUGGAAGACUUCGUCCAGCGCAUCGAGUGCUACAAGGCCAGUUACAUGUCCAUAGAUGAUGAGAGAGACAGGAGGCUCUCCUACAUCAAGAUCUUUGACGUGGGCAGCAGGUACGUGGUGAACCGGGUCCAGGACCACAUCCAGAGCAGGAUAGUCUACUACCUCAUGAACAUCCACGUCACACCCAGAUCCAUCUACCUGAGCCGCCACGGAGAGAGCGAACUCAACCUUUUAGGUCGCAUCGGUGGGGAUUCAGGCCUCUCCCCCAGGGGACAGAAGUAUGCUAAUACCUUGGCGACCUUCAUCAAGAGUCAGACGAUCAAGGACUUGAAGGUGUGGACGAGCCACAUGAAGAGGACCGUCCAAACGGCAGAGGCUCUGGGAGUCCAGUACGAACAGUGGAAGGCCCUCAACGAGAUAGACGCUGGGGUGUGUGAGGAGCUCACCUACGAGGAGAUUCAGGAGAAUUUCCCAGACGAGUUUGCGCUGAGAGACCAGGACAAGUAUCGUUACCGUUACCCUAAGGGUGAGUCCUACGAGGACCUGGUCCAUCGUCUGGAGCCGGUCAUCAUGGAGCUGGAACGACAGGAAAAUGUUCUGGUCAUCUGCCACCAGGCCAUCAUGCGCUGCCUGCUGGCCUACUUCCUGGACAAACCUGCAGACGAGCUGCCUUAUCUGCGAUGCCCCCUUCACACGGUGCUCAAACUCACGCCAAUAGCCUACGGCUGUAAGGUGGAGUCGUUUUUCCUCAAUAUCGAAGCGGUCAACACACACAGGGAGAGGCCGCUGAACGUCAACAUCAACAGAAAUCCAGAGGAAGCGCUGCUGACCGUUCCUGAUCACAUUUAGACGGCGUUUUGUGCGAAGAGGACGGAAAGAUCAUAAUUGUGGUAAUGUGGAGCUGGAUGUCGCUGCUGCUACCGACGAACGUCACCAAAACAAAGUAGGGACGCCCUCCAGUUGGGCAAAGGAAGACGAAGAGGACGCGAUGGUAGAACUGGAGGUUACGCGGAUCCCUGCAGUGACAGAAAAAGGACACGUUCUGUUUUUUUAAACACGCCUGUGAAAUGUCCCCGUGUCUUUUCUGACUAACAUUUUUUAAAAGUGUCGUAUUGUUUCCAAAUGAUUUAGUGGACAGCUAACGCACCGAAGCUGAAAGUUUGACAUGCUAACCCGGGGACAACGAUACACACAAAGAACCCGUUGUACAGAAUAACAAUAUCGGUGUUGUAGAUAAUCUAAUUAUGAGGAGUUGGUAUCAGCACCACGGACAGCACCCAAACAAGACAACACUCCACUGACCCAUUGUUUGUAGAGAGAUGGCAAAAUUCAGGACGUGUGAAUAAGAUUGUGUAAAUAAAUGGUGCAAAAGAAAAAAAGGGUCUGAGAAAAUAAAUCCACUCGACUGUACGAGUCCAGUU